GCCCUGAGCUGCACUAGCUCGGCGGCCAGAACCGCCGCCUCCUUGGCCCUCGCGUUCGCCGCGAUCUCCUCCGCAGGCGGGGCCACGCCCUCCACCGCCGCGUCCUGCGCCGCCACCGGCCCCGCGACGAGCAGAAGCACAGCCAUCAGCAGCGCCGCCGCCGCGAGGAAGAGCCGGCUCGCGAUCCACAUCCUCACGAGGUGAGCAGGGCACGAACCACGAGGUCCUCGCUCGCCUCGGCGCUGAGAUGCGUGGGUGGCUGCUAUGAAGAAGGGAGAACCGGAGAAGUCGGGAGGUGCGUGGGACGGGUAGGCGUGCAGGUUGCUAGCCUACUUCUACUUCUACUCGCCGGUCACCUGCUCGCCCCAAACCACGUCACGGCCCGCUGCUUCGUGCACGUGGGCACGGCUGCCUCGGCCAGCCGGCCUGACUGCCUGGCUGGCCGCGGAAGGGACGAGGACGACGAGGUGAGACUGUGAGAGGUGUCACGUGGUCGCUGUGGCCGUGCCCCGUGCCGGCCGGGCUGGCUUUUUUGAAGGAAAUGGCCGUGGUGUUGUGCGGAAAAAAUAGCAAUGUUGCGGGAGAUGGGGCCAUGCGACGAAUUGAUGCUGGCCGUAAAGCCCACUCCACAGAUGGGCCUACAGAUGCGCUAAAGCCCAACACAUUGGGCCGGUGAACCUACGCUAGCCCGGUGACACAGUACGCGCCCCCAGGCCAGGAAGGAUGGCAGAGGAGAAGACGACACCGGAAAGCGGAGCCGCUGCACCCGGCAGGAUCCUUUGCCGUAACGUUGCAGGCCGACUGCGGCUGACGUAUGGACCCGGCCGUGGUCUGGCCCCAGCCGCCAGCGACCGGACGUUACGGCAGACGAAUCCGUUCCUGUCUGCACCUCCUCAUUUUCACCUCCACCCACCCGACUCGGCGGCCUGCGCUCGUCCGCCCGUUCCUCGCCGGCGCCGUCUCUUCCGCAGACCGGUCCGUGGGUCGAGGGAGCCGCUUCUUCCUCCAGCUUAUGGCAGACAGAAGUGAUGGACCGAUUGGGAGGCUCCCAGAACAUCUUAUUAUAGAAAUACUCAUUCGUUUACCGGUCUAUGAGUGGGUGCAAUUAGCAUGUGUCAACAAGCAUUGGGCAAGCAUAUUUCAAGGAGAAUGCGUGUGGCAAACUGCUAUUGCAAGGAACUGGCCAUCUGCUGGUCUCCGGAAACGCUGGCCUGGGCCAAUUCCUAGAGGUUCUGCUAGGAGGAGAUUUCAAGCACUGUAUGUCAGUGAGAACUUAGUACCAUCUGGUGGGGAGAUUGAUGAGCUUGUUGGUCACACUUAUCUCUACUUAAAAGAACAGCUUGAGCGUCCUGUCAUGCCUCCUUCCAGCAUACUUCAUGGCACCAUCAUUGACCAAUUCAUUGCUUGCGGCAAUACAGGAGAAAAGGCCCAUGAUCUUGCUUCAAAAAUAUGGCUUGCAGUCAUUGACAGCUUGGAAGAAAACCAGCAAACUUUCUUACUGUUAAAACGUGUGGCACAAGAAGGAGAAAUCAUAUAGGGUACUAUGGAGGGUGUUUGACAAGCUGUUCACCGACUUCCGCGACUGUUUCAGCGGGGCUGAGUACCAUGAUGUUCUAUCGACUGCUAAGUCUAGGUUUCAGCCGGUGCCUUCCACAUGGCUUGGCCAUUAGCGCACUGCAGUUGCUCUUGUUGUGCGCACUCUACAGUGUCGUAGAUAAAGCAGUGAUACUUACAGCAGUCAUUUCGAGUACAUGUAGCAUCUUGACAGCUUCAAGAGCAUUAAAAUGUUGUUUGAGAUGGAAUACUCAGUGUUCUUGCAAGUCCUUGAAAGUAAUUCGAUACACUCUGUCAUUUGCACAGUUACUUCAGUGUAUAUAUACUGCAGUUUCAGCACUGCCCCGUUUC